AUGAAUUCGGGGACGACAGUUUGGAUUCUUAUCGCAGUUUGCUCGAUCUGUAUUUUAAAAAGUUGUUAUUCGUUAAGCUUCGAUUACAAGGGUGCUAGAAUAGUGACGUAUGGUGAACCUUGCGCUACGACUCGUCGACUGCCAUUUGACAUCGAAGGACCUAAACCACCUCCAAAAGAAGAAAAGAUACCCGUGUCGAUGAACUUUAAAAUUGUCUCGGAUAUGUAUGUUCAGCCUCGUCGCGUUGAAUAUCCAAUUGCCAUAGAAAUGCCGUGUCCUACUUCGUUACAAUCGGAAAAAAUCGUCAUGGAAGACACCUUACGAGGGAGAGCUUAUGCGUACAACACUUAUAUUCCUCCUCCUGCUAAUCUACCGUCUCCUCUAAAAAGUUACAACUACGACGUCGAAGUUCCCAUGAAAAUGCAACACAUUACUCACGGGUGUAAAAUGCAUCAAAUUCAACGACUGGAAGGACUUAGAUCUAAGAUCGAUAGAGUACUGGUUCCUGCUUGCGAAGUUUCUUCGUCAGCAUCCUCACCAUGCCAAUGUCAAUAUAAGUAA